AUGACACACAAAAUUUCAAAGUACAAAACACUCUCAAUUCUCCCAUCUUUUCUUUCUCAAAAAUUCCACCAUACCGCAUCCAUCUCUUCCUCACUUAUCGCACCGCCAAUUUCUGGGGUAACUCAUCUAUCCAACUACUCCCAAAUGGACGACUAUCGCAACGCAAGCAAAGGUAUGGCACCCACCAAUCACAUCCCGCAAAAGACACUAACCGUAGCCAACAAACGUGACAAACGCCGACAGCACGUGGCCGCCAAACUCAGCAAACUCGAACAAACCUUCGCCGACGACAGAAACAACUUCUACCGAGCCAUUCUUGUCCACCUCCAGGCGACGUUGGCCUCCAUCCAGCUGGGAGUCAAUGACGAAUAUUGUAGAAAACGUUCCGAGCAGGAGGAGCUCCGCGAUUACGAAUUGACUCGUCUCAGGCUCUGGGAAGAGUACCAGGUGAAAAGAGUCGAGGAUGAAUACAAAGAGGAUAUGGCUGCCACCAAGGAGAACUACGACAUGUUGAUUCGUCUUCUCAAGGAGAAGUUCUACGAUAAAUUGCAGCGGCAGGUGAAACAAUUGAAGGAAGACAAGCUCCUACUCAAUUUGGUCAACGCCAGUCUGUGGAACGGUGGGAAUAACGGCGCCUAUACGAGUGCGUCUGCGCUAGCUGCUGCUGCUGCAUCUGCACCCUCUCUAAGUCUCAGCGAUCGGAGGUCGCUUCGGAAGCGAGAGUUGCAUUCACGGUUUCUUCCUGGAGAGGCAGAUGACCUUCUGGAUACAACCUCGACGUCAGCAGCAGGCCGUGCCAGCACCGGGGGAUAUAUUCUGGCUCUGGGAAAGCGCCGAAGACACUAUGCCACGCGAUACCUGUCCAAUGAUGAGCUUUCACUGGGGGUAACUAGUGCUGGUGGUACGAGCCAUAAUGGCAGUGACAGACACCACGCGGGCAUGGGAAGCGGGAACGAUAGCAAUCUUAGCGACAAAGACUAUGAUACGUUGAAUCAUUUGAUUGCAAAUCAGGAAGACGGCGGGGUGCUGGAGAUCUUUGCCAACAGAAAGAGCAGUAGUGUGCGGGCCACCACUCGCCAGAAACAGUUUGUGGGGGUACAGGGUCUCAAGGCCGAGGAGCUCAAUGACGAUUUGACGUUGCUUCGGAAUGCGGUGUCCAAGAAGGGGUAG